GCCUCCUGGUGGUAUAAGGUGGUUAAAACAGGAAUAUAGUGCUUAGUUCACCAAUGGAGUCCUCUACUCUCCUGGUCUGUAAACUGUUUCUUCCUGGAUACAGUAAGAGUGAAAGAAAUGUUCUGAUUGGUUCUAGUCUAGAUAACGCAUGUUCAGCAGUAGUAUCUGUAGAUGAGACUAAAGUGAAAGAGAGGAAGAGUUGUGUCAGUGCCUUGUUCUCGGCAGAGUUCUCCCACACGCUCACGAACUGAGAGAUGAACCUCUCUGUGGCUAUUGUCGUUCUCACUGCGGUCGUCUGCACUUCGGCAGAAAUUCCUCAUGAGGCCGUCUAUGUGCUGGGCUGUCUUGAGCAGACAAAGGUGGAGGCAGAGGCGGAGGUUCAGGUGGAUGGGGAGGAAGUGUUAUAUGCUGACUUCCAGAGAGGACAGGAAGUUUGGACGUUGCCUGAGUUCCUGGGGCCAUUCCCAGGCUCCACUGUUGUUCAUAACUUCUACAAGAAUGCCGUCAAAGGCAGACGAUUGUGUCGGGAUGUCUUGGCUCUUUGGAUAUUAGACGAAAAGUGUCCACCUGAGAUAAUGGAUGCCCCUGAGAGCACCAUCUACCCCAGGGAUGAGGAGGAGCUGGGGGUGGAGAACACCCUUAUCUGUUUUGCCAAUCAUUUCUACCCCCCGCCUGUCAAAGUCAACUGGGCCAAGAAUGGCCUCGAGGUGACUGAGGUAGCAUCUCUCAGUCGGUACUAUCCUAAUGAAGAUGGAACGUUCUACCAGUUCUCCACCCUGAGUUUCACCCCACAGGAGGGGGACGUCUACGCCUGCACUGUGGAGCACACGGCCCUGAAGGACCCCAAAACCAGGUUCUGGGAGUAUGAGGUCAGUGAGGUGAGUGGGUCCAGUGCUGGUCCUGCUGUAUUCUGUGGAGUGGGCCUGACUCUGGGACUGUUGGGAGUGGCUACUGGAACAUUCCUCUACGUCAAAGGACAACAGUUCAACUGAAUUGUGACAUACACUACCAGUCAAAAGUUUGGACACAUCUACUCAUUCAAGGAUUUUUCUAUAUUUUUACUAUUUUCU